UUCCUCUUCUUCUAGUCCAUGGCCUCUCCUUCAACCUCCGUCUCUUGCGUCUCUUGUCAACGAACGCAAAGCAAGGGCACGCAGGGGCAAGCAGGGGCAAGCAGGGGCAAGGCAUACUCGCAUUCCAACCUCUCCACAUAUCGCCGUGUCUUGCGUCUGUCUCUGUCUCUUCUCCGCCAUGUGGCAUAUCACUCCCGACAUGUGACCCGGUUGCGUCGUAUUUGACCCCUAUCGUUCCCGUCUUCCCUUCAUAUUAGUCCCUCACCCUCACCCUCACCCUCGUCCUGGUCCUGGUCCUGGUCCUGGUCUUUCUCUUGUAGAAGCGACGGCAUUCAGACAUUCGCCUCAUCAUCACCCAUCACCUACCAGUAAGCAGCCCAAGACACCCUACAGUUCUCUCUCCUUCGAAUCUUCAAACCGUGAACCGCAAACGACGUCUACCCAUCCCCUCCACCGGCCUUGCGCCCUUAUCACAAUGCACGGCAUCACAGAAUCACUGCUUGAGGGCCUCCUCCGGUAUUGGCUUCCCAUCGCCGUCACCCUCGUCCUCGCUUGGCUCGUCAGAAACCGCUACCACAACGGCCUGAACGAGUACCCCGGUCCCUUCCUGGCCUCCCUGACCGACUGGUGGAGGUUUUUCGACGUCUGGAACCGACGUCCCGAGAUUACCCACCGCAGCCUUCACGAAAAGCAUGGCGACGUCGUCCGCUUGGGGCCCAAUACCCUUUCUUUCGCCGACCCGGCCGCCCUCAAGACCAUCUACGGCCUGAACAAGGGCUUCAUCAAGUCCGACUUCUACAUCGUCCAGCAGGCCGUCGUCAAGGGGAACCGUCUCCCCUCCCUCUUCAGCACCACCGACAAUACCUUCCACUCCCAGUUCCGCCGAUGCGUCAACUCGGCCUUCUCCAUGUCCGCCCUCGUCCAGUACGAACCCUUCGUCGACAACACCACCAAGCUGUUCCUCAGCCAGACGAGGAAGCUCUUCGCCGCCAAGCCCGAGGGCUGCGACCUGACCCGCUGGCUGCAGUUCUACGCCUUCGACGUCAUCGGCGAGAUCACCUACAGCAAGCGCCACGGCUUCGUCGAGAAGAACGAGGACAUUGACGGCAUCAUCGCCUACCUGACCAACCUCUUCCUCUACGUCGCCCCCAUCGGCCAGAUCCCCUUUCUCGACCGCCUCGUCCUCAAGAACCCGCUCUACCUCAAGCUCGCCCAGUGGGGGUUCAUCGACGCCACCUUCCCCGUCGCCCGCUUCGCCCGCGCCCGCAUGGCCGAGCGCCUCCCCGAGCUCAAGCCGGCACCGGCACCGGCACCCGCCGACGACGCCAACGAACCGCUGCUCCCCCAACCCGACCUGCUCUCCAAGUUCCUCGCCGCCCGCGAGGCCCGCCCCGAGUUCAUGACCGACACCCUCGUCCAGACCAUGGCCGUCAGCAUGGCCUUCGCCGGCUCCGAGACCACCGCCAUCAGCCUCUCCGCCGUCUUCUACUACCUCCUCCGCAACCCCGCCGCCCUGGCCCGCCUGCGCGCCGAGCUCGACCACGCAUCCCGCGCCGGCCUCUUCCACGACACCCAUUCCGGCCUCGUCACCUGGUCCGAGAGCCAGAAGCUCCCCUACCUCGACGCCUGCAUCAAGGAGGCCUUCCGCCUGCACCCGGCCGCCGGCCUGCCGCUCGAGCGCGUCGUCCCCGAGCCCGGCAUGGACAUCGCGGGCCGCUUCGUCAAGGGCGGCACCGUCGUCGGCUGCAGCGCUUGGAUCAUCCACCGCCGGAGGGAGAUUUGGGGGCCCGACGUCGACGCCUACCGGCCCGAACGGUGGCUUCCCGGCCCGGGCGACCACGACGCGGAGGAGAAGAGGGUGCGCGAGAUGAACGGCAUGUUGUUCCAGUUUGGCAUGGGCAGCCGGACCUGUAUCGGGAAGAACAUUAGCUUGUUGGAGAUUUACAAGUUGGUCCCCAGUCUUUUGAGGCGGUUCGAGAUCAAAUUCCAAGAUCCCAACAAGGAAUGGGAACUCGUCAACGCCUGGUUCGUCAAGCAAAACAACUUCUGGGUGACCUUCGACGUGCGGGACAUCGUGCAACCGCAAAAGAGCGAGAAGACGGAUGCAUUGUGAGUAGAUAACGACUAACGACUACAAUGACAACACAGACGGGGCGGGGCAGUUCUCAGGGAGUAGAAGGUGCCUUCGUCACCCCGAGCGAAGGUCUGGGAUAAAUGGCAUGGCGGCCCUGCUUUUUGUUUCUUUUGUUUUUUUCCAUGUUCAAGCGUGUAUUACUUUGCAGAAUUACGUACAUGACAAGAGAAGCUUCGGACAUGCAUGGCACGGGGGCUACAGAUGACUGAAUGAUGGGAUCAUGAGAAAGGGGGAAGCGAGGUAGGGGAUGAUUUACGACGUUGGUUAGAGCACGCACACACAUAGAGCUCCCACUUCAUUAAGAGCACUAUCGUUCCAUUCAUUAUACAGCUUCUAGGAUG